UUCCUUCAGGCUUUGCUUGUUACAGACAAAGCCAGGGGUCCUCAUARACUUUGCAAAAGUACGAAUAUCCACGCUAACGAAUAMGAUUCUUGGAUCAAAAUCAAUAAUCGCUGUGAAACAAAGACUUGAGGGUAUGUAAACAGUAUGUGUCACAACGCCAGUCCUAACACGACCUUACCAUUGCAGCUACUAAGCAGUAAGCAGCUGUUUCAAUUGUAACAAAAUCUCGGCUCACCUUUCAUAAAGASGUCUACUUUUUAUCAAUUAAACUGUGAUUUYUUGGGAAGAAGCUUCGCACAGCAGCAGAGAAGCUUCUAAAGACAAGUAAAGACAUGACGGAUCAUAAUGGUAACAGUUCGUCAAUGAGCGCACUGAGCCUACCACGUUCAGAGACAAUCCUACAGAGUGUAGCACUAGUAMUCAUCUUGGUUGCGUCGACAGUUUUGAAUACCAUAACAUGUACAAUAAUAGCGCGAAACAAACUMUUACGGAGAAGACCAGCCAAUGUGUUUGUGGCAAACUUGUGUUUAUCAAACAUGGCGCUCACAUGGUUUGUGGUKCCUUUUAGUUUAGCUACUCUGCUGUGGAACAAACAUGGCGCUUACACGGGACCCGCGUGCACGUUCAACGGAUUCUUCAGUGUUGCGUCGUGUUCCGCCAUAGUUCUAACGUUAUGUUGUAUCAGCAUAGAUCGCUACGUAGCUGUCACCAAACCUACUCGAUAUCGCACACUUAUGACUGCCAAACGAGCCUUGUACAUGYUAACUUUUACUUGGGCCCAGUCUCUGCUUUUCGCGUCGUUCCCAGUCCUCGGCUGGUCAAACUACGAGUAUCACCCGGGAACUCUUCAUUGUUCCCCGUCRUUCRGUUCUAAUUGUUCUCUUUAUGUAUUCCUGUCUAUGUURGGGUUUGUUAUUCCCAUCGUAGUCAUGGUAAUAACGUACAUUAAGAUAUUCCACGUGAUCAGAAAACAUUCGAGAAUUGUAACAAGUUUGAAAAUGACAUCACAUACGCCAAUUUCACCCAAUCCAAAGACACUGAUGGAAGAGCUUCAAGGAAAAGAGACUCACAGUCGGGAUUCUCAACGUUCUUUGCUGCGCUUUCAGAAUGGUCAAAAUGAAACGUUAUCUCAAACCGCGGAUCCACCACUUUCUCCGUCGUCCAUUAUUACCAUCAAUAACGAAGAUGAAGGUAUGUCACAAAUAUCGAGCUCUGGAAAACGUGCUGGCUGCGCCCCAACAAGCGAUUCUUAUGGUAUCUACGAAGAGUUACAAUCACCAGAAAACGUAAGAGCAACAGGUCCAUUUUACACCUUUGAUCAGUCAAAAGAAAAUCAGAAAGCUAACAUUGCUGGUUUCAAGAUCAGUCAGGGUGGACGUCUUCUAACCUCUCAAAAACUUAAUUUCAACUUCAACGUCGGGAAAAAAGCAAAAAAGAAGCGUAUGCGUAUUGUACCCAAGGAGUACAAGAUUGCUAAAACUGGGCUUCUUCUAUUAAUCCUUUUCCUCGCGUUGUGGCUUCCAUAUUUGGUGGUCAAUUCUUGUUCUGCUAAUAUACAAGCACCCGAGAGAGUCUACCAUUUUGCCAUGUGUCUGGUAUACAUGAAUGGGAUUGCUAAUCCUAUUGCAUAUGCAUUUAAUAAUGCUAUCGUAAAAGCGAAACUCAGACAAAUAUUCAGUUUCAAAGUAUUUCACCCGUUUUCGCAUUCAUAACCUCUUUCAGCCUUAUUGGUUACUGCGGGCAAGUUGU